AUGGAUGGUGCAUCAUUCUCUCCUCCUCUCGUGACGACGACUACGACGCCUAUGUCUGUGACGACGCCUACUACGCAGAAGGUAACCCGACUUCGACGAGCUUGCGAUAUGUGUAGUCAACGUAAAGUGAAAUGCGACGAAAGUGGACCGCCCUGCAAACCAUGCUCCGACCUUCAGGUUGAGUGUACCUUCAAUAGAGCGAUGAAGCGACGUGGUCCGCCUAAUAAACAUGCCGAAGCGGCGAGGGCUGCGAAACGAUCUCGGAGUAACGAUAUCUCACCAGCUCCUCAUCACGCCGCCGAAACGUUGGUUUCUAUCGCAACUCACAACCCCCCUGUCGGUCUAGAUGCCGAGAUUAUUGCGCCGUGGCCCAUCCUAGAGCUUCUCGUUGACGACUUUUUCACUUAUAUACAUCCUUUAAUGCCCUUCCCGCAUCAGCCGUCUUUUCGUGCCGCUUUUACCAAUCGUAUGGAUAGGUCUAGCGGCGAAUUCUUAGCGUUGCUAGCUAGUAUGGUAGGUGUGUUGGUGGCAUCUUUUCCUCGAAGUGCAAGAUCGCACCUCAAAGCCCAACACAGUACUGGGCUCUUCCCCUCGGCCAUUGCCAUGAUUGACCACUGCCGAACCAUCGCGUUAGAAGCCCGAGGUUCUCAUUUUAUGAUGAAAAAUGAGAUGAGCCCGGACGAUGCCGCUACUAGUUAUUUCUUAGGGAUUGCUUGUGCGCAUACGCUCCAAUGGAGAAUGUGUAAACGCUUCCUAACCGAGACCAUGACAUUCUGCAGAGAGCUUGCCGCCCGUCGGCAAAGAGCUAUAACCACUGCUGAAGCAUUUAUACCUAGUCUUACCACAACACUUAACGCUUCGCCUAAUAAACCUAUCGACCAUAUCAAGGAUCAAAUUGGCAAGCGCAUCUUCUGGGUUAUGGUCGCUGGCGUCAGAUCCAUGACCCAAUUAGGAGUAUCAAUCAAUGAAAUACCAUUACCUCCCCCUACUUCUCAGGAGCCUUAUCCUGAGCAGCCCGUAGAAGUCGACGAUGAAUAUAUAUUCUCGGAACAGAUACUACCCCAGCCGGAGGAUACUCUCUCCCUAAUCACAGGAUUCAAUCGCAACAUUCGUGUGUACAUGACCAUGAAUGAACUUGUCGGAGUCGAUAUGUGCUAUGGAAUCAACUUCUUCGACUGGACUGCGCAGAAGAAUAUCCUUAGCAAUGGGCUUGCCAGUGCGAAGCAGUCUGCCGAGGACCUUCCGCCUGAGCUUCAGGUAAAAGCAGAUAACCUUCAGCAUCUUCAAAAUCACACUUUGGGGUUUGACGACUGGGACUUGGAGUAUUAUCCACCUGCUAUUCCUACUACACAACCGGCGAAUGACCUGCGACGCGUGCUUGCAGAGCAACCUUUGCGCCGGCGUCACCUUCAAUUCGAAAUUCAGAAGGCAAAUAUACAGAUGUCACAGUUAGCCACUCGCUCGUACUUCGUAGAACGAUACCUUAACCUCCGAAAUGCGCGCCGGGCGGAUCCCAAUUUUGCAGAAAGGUCAAAAACGGAGGAUAAAGACGACCGAGACGACAUGAUGGAGAACGAGCGGGAAAUUAUCGUCCAGAAUCUCGUCACUGUGCUAACAUCCAUCAGUCAACGUAACAUGGAGCCGAAUGGAUGCUCGCUUAUCAACAAGAUUCGACAGGUUGCCAGCACACUCCUAGAUAUCAAUGCGGAAGGCAAGGAGCUCGCAGUGGCUAAGGCACAGGAAUAUCUCAACGGCUUCUUAGAUAUACUUAUGAAGUUAGAGAAGAUGGGAGCUUCCCCUCGUGCCGAGACAAUGACAGCUCAGGACGAGGAAGAGGAAUUGCGGAAUUGGUCUAGUCUAAAGGAAUAUCAACAUCGGUUCAUGUCGAGUGGUGGAUUCCUUGGGGACGGUUACUAG